GCGUUCCAUCCAGCUCCGGUAAACCUCUGAUUUUAGGUGAUUUAACAUCUGGAACCCUCGGACAUAGCUGCCGAUCUGGUGUACCAGCAGUGCAGAAGGGCUAGAACGACACCCGCUGCUUCGAGGCCAGUAGCCAUUUUGCAGUGCCGGACUUAUGAAACAGCAGCAAUGAGGAAGAGACAGUCUGUAUAGCAGGCGAGGCUGGGACUGGACGAGUGCAACAAAUGACCCUCAUACCCUGCUCUCUGUAAUACAUGAACUGCUCACGUCAGGCUGGCGCUUGCAACAAUCUUCACUGUGGCCUCUCUCAACUCAGACCAGGCAAUCUGUCGCCAUAGCAUCAAAAAUGGAUCAAGCUAUCUCACCUACUGUAUUCGCUAUCAGAGAGUUGGGGAACUGGAUCUCAUUCGUACAGCUUGGGCUGUUCAUUGAUCAGAUCCCCGUGUCUCUCUGGGAAGAUGAAAUAGGGCGGUUGCGAGCGUGGGCUGCCGAUGUUGGUGCCGAUGAACGCAGUUCAUUGUCGUUGGACUACAGACUGCGCGACUCACCUCACCUCAAGAAUCAGAUUUCCAGCCUUCUUGAACAGCUUCAAAGGAGCUGUGAAAAUUUGCGGGAGAUAGCAAAUCCUAUUUAUGGGAAGCAUCCGGAUCCUGAUAUGAACGAGAAUCUCCAGACAAAGCUCCAGACAGAAGUCGAGUUAAUCUAUCACUCUGUGCAUAAUACAGUGGACUGUCUCUUCCGUAUUGCACCGGCAAUUCGUCAACCUGCCAGAACCCAUUUUGUUCUAGGGAUCACGAAGUCUGACGCGCUGUCGUUUGGGUAUUCCGAUAGAUACUUCAUUCUCGAGAGUUACCCUCAGGUAGAUCUUCAAAUCGUCGAUCGGCUUGCAAUAGCGAUAUCACUGCGCCGGAAAAUGCUGCAGUAUAGGAGAGAAUGCCAUUCGAACCUCGCUAUAGGACUGGACAAGCUCGAGGAAGGCGAGUCUGACACACCAAAUUCUGUCAACCGGGACAUGUUACAGCUUGGGGAGCUGGAGGAAUUGAAGGACUCCAAUUGCUCGCGUGCAGCACUUCUUGAACAAGAAGGUGAUGAAGCAAUGGUUUUUUUCCCCUGUCAGAUAGUGGGGGAAAGUGAACAUUCUUGGGCCCAGCACGUCCUCGACGACAUCAUGCCAUAUGUCUGUGUCUUCCCAUGCUGCCCAUCGCCUUUUCGUCUGUAUGAAUCCCGGCAAGAAUGGUCCGCACACUGCCAACUUCAUCUCAAGGAGUUGGCUAAUGGGCUCUUAGGCUAUCAACCAGAGUGUCGACCGGAGUACCCACGAGAGCGUCGUCUACCAGAGUGGCCAAUAGACUGGCCAACAGAGUGUCCCUUAUGCACGCUGAGCACAACUUCCGACACAAGCUGGGAGAGUCACGUGGCCAAACAUCUAGAGAAACUGGCACUUCUUGCAUUGCGUUGGCAUCGGCGGGCGGACAAUGCAGAAGAGAUUCGUGUGGCCUACGCAUACAAUUGUGAUGGUCGCGCCUAUGGGAAUGUACCAGGACGGUUCCAAGAUGCUCCCGAUUGGAUCGGGUUCGAGGCACCAGAACCCAGCACUUCGGAGAAAACGUCUUCUGGCAAAGACGCAGCAACGGAAUCCCAAUAUUGGAAACUUCUGUGGUGGAAGCCAGCGAGUGCCUUUCAUGUAAACAUUCUCGCUGCACAAGCUGUCGGUCAGUUGGAGGAUGAUGACGAUGUUUCCCACCAGAAUGUGAACUGA